AUGGCCGGUAACAACAAGGGAAAGGGAAAGAAGCCCGCAGCGCCCUCUGGCAGGGCUCCCCAAUCGAACGCAGCGGCAGGAUCUGUUGCCCGCGACCCUUAUUCUGGACGGCGCCUUCAGCUUCCUUCGAUAGAGGGUCAGUACGUACUGCCCAACAUUCCAGGACGGCCCACAAGGACUCCGGAAUAUGCCCGUGACAGAGCGCCGCGGCCUACCGUGAACCCUGCGCCCAGGUUCCAUCCCAACGACCCGACAAGCUCAGGGCAAAUCUACCCAGCGAGGCGUCUCCCCGCCGGUCCCGCCCUGAUCGACUCGCUCCCAGGCAGGACAAGGCCCCAGCAGCCGCCGGCUUCGCCAGCGCCAGCGUCGCGGCAGUCACCAAGACCGGCACAACAGGCGUCCGCUGCACCAAGACGGUCGUCCGAUCACCAGCGCCGGUCAACGGCACCGUCACCUCCUCAGCGAUUGCCAGUAGUCGGUCAGUGGGCGGGCUCCGACAACCGUCCGGCUUAUGGCAGCAGUACCGGCGGAAGACCAGGCGGCCCAGCACCAGGUGGAAACCCAAAUCGGCCUAGAUAUUGA